AAGUGGCGCGAUCACGAUCACGCUCACGACUGCCACCACACACCUCCCUCUCUCCUCGGCCACACACCGUCCUUCCCUCCCCACGCCACACCCGUCCAAACCCUGCGCUCCUUCACCACACCCACGCGUAACGCCACAUACCAACCAUGAGCGCUCAAUCUGAUGAGCUCGCGGCGUUUGCGCCGUCCAAGAAAACCGCGCUUGGGGCGGCGCACUCGAUCAACCCCUUCACAGGCAUGCCGUCAUCGGCCUUUGCGUAUCUUGCCGCACGGCCUGAGAGCGGCGGCAUGUCCGAGGAGCAAGGACGAAUGGUCUCGCCGGAGCCUUCGGGAGGAGAUGGCAAUGCAAGCGCACCAGAUGGAAGUGCUGGUGGCAGUGCCGGCUCAAAAGUGGGAGCAAGCGGUGGUGGCCGAGGCCAACAAGGCUGGGACAACACACCUGUGGGCAGGGGCGGCAAGACCAUGUGCUACGCUCGAGACGAGGGGGCCUUUGCUGGGCUGGUCAACCAGGGCGCGACGUGCUAUCUCAACUCGCUCCUGCAAGCGCUGUACCUCACGCCGCGGUUCCGGCUGCGGUUCUCGGCUGGGACGCUGCAGAAGCUCUUUGCGCGGCUGGCGGUGUCGGAGAAGGCAGCGCUGGACACAGUCGAGCUGACGACGUCGUUUCGGUGGACUACGGCCGAGGCGUUCCGGCAGCACGAUGUGCAGGAGCUGCUGCGGGUUCUGUUUGGCGUGCUCGAGCUGGUCAAGGAGCCCGAGAGUGAGGCUGGCGUGGUGCAGGCGCUGUACGGCGGGACGCUUCGCGACUCGGUGGUGUGCCUCGGGUGCGGGCACGCAGCUGUCCGGCUGGAUGCCUUUUUGGACGUCUCGCUGUACAUGGACGCGACGAUCGGGUCGCUGGAGCAGGCGCUGGCGGCGUUUGUGGCGCCGGAGCGGCUGACCGGCGACAACCAGUACGCGUGCUCGGGGUGUGAGACCAAGGUCGAUGCCGACAAGGGCCUCACCUUUGGCGAUCUUCCGCCGGUCCUCUCAUUCCAGCUCAAGCGAUUUGUGUACGACUGGCAGGCGAACCGGCGGGUCAAGCUCAACCAGAAGCUCACCUUUCCGCUGGUGCUCGACAUGGCGCCGUACAUGGCCGAUAGUGGCGAGGCCCCGAUGCUCUAUGAUGCAUAUGCGGUGCUUCUUCACUCGGGCUCGGCGCACUCUGGCCACUACUUUGCGUUUGUCAAAUGCCCGGCGACUGGCGUCUGGCACGAGUUCAACGACGCGUCUGUCCGGGCCAUCGACGACCUCGAGACAGCGCUGGAAGUGGCGUAUGGCUCGGACGCCAGCACUCGUUCGGGCUCAGCGUACCUACUGCUGUAUGCCAAGCAGGGUGCCAGCGGGCCGGUCCCGGCUGUACCAAGCGAGCUCCGCGCCCUGGUUGCUGCCGAAGAUGCAGCGUGGCGCGAAGAGGUUGCGAACCACCUCCGCGAGGUCCGAACCAUGCGUUUCACGGUUGUUUCCGGCUCGCAGACGGUAGAAGUGGCGCUGGAUCAGGGCGAGCCGGUGGCGGCGCUCAAGGCUGCGGCGCUGGAUGCGCUGCAUGCCGGGGCCGACGGCGGGCGGCCAGCUGACGACGACGCGCGGCUGCGAGCCUACACGCGGUUUGCGUCGGGAGCGACCAUGGCCGGCGCGCCGCUGGACACCGAGCCGGAGGCGCGGCUGGAGAGUCUCGGGCUCGGGCACCGGGCGACGGUGGUGCUUGAGACGCGGGCGGCCGGCGAGAAGUUUGCGACGUUUGACCCGGACGCCUUUCUUGUAGUGGCACUUGCCGUGACGCAUGACAACGUGGCCGAGCUUGUGGCGCAGGCGCGGAUGCCGGUAGUUGAUGGCAUGCCGCGGGUGUGGCUCAAGCCAACGAUGGACUUUGACGAAGCUGCGGCGGCGGUGCAAAGUGCGGUGCCGAGCCUGGAGGCGUGCGGCGCGUUGGCGUGGUACACGGUCGACGGCGCGACGUUGCAUGCAGUCCAUGUUCGGGCAGCGGCGCAUCCGGGCGUACCGCUGGUGGAGCUCGGCAUCCGGCCGGGCUCUGUGGUGUAUGUCGAGCCAGCAACGAGCAGUCUAUUUGGCACUGUGUAUGAGGCGAAGGUGACGUCGAUUGUGCUCGAGUACAACGAGCCCGUGGCCGAGGAUGCAAAGGUCUCGGGGCCGGUGGCGUACACGCGGUCGGUCUCGCUUUCCAAGCACCGGACGGUCGGUGAGCUCAAGGCGAAGAUGGCGAUGGCGCUCGGGGUGGAAGCGUCGGGUUUUACGAUUGCGCGGUCGCCGACGGACGAGCAGCUGAAGGACGAAACGCUCUCGCUCGAGGCUGCGCACUUGUUUGAUGGGGCGCCGGUCUUUGUCCGACUCGGCACGCCGCUGGCAGUCGGGGAGUACAAGGUUCGGCUUGUGCUGUAUGAUCCGCUGCACCCGUCGGGUCGCGCACUCUGGCCGCUGAGGCAUGCGGUUGUCAACGCCAGCCAGCCUGUAGCCGACAUCCAGACCGCGAUCAAAGCGGUCAUCGACGAGCACUAUCCGCCGACAGAGAAGACGCUCGCGGCGGCGCCGAAUGCGACGAACAAGUUUCGACUGAAGCACCUCCGAUUGCGGACGCUCGCCGGGCCGAAAAGGGUCGGUAAGGUGCUCUUCCGCAAGCGGUCGCUCCGAGUCCAGGCGCGGGUCAAGGACGGCAUGGUGCUUGUCGUCCAGCCGAUUGCGGCGCCGGAAGAGCUCACGCCUGCGCACGUUGUGUUCUUUGUGCAAGCGGUGGACGCGGCGGCGGAGACAGCCGCUGGCGUGCUGAUUGCUAGCUCGCGGAGCGAGGUUGUGUUCAAGCGAGCAGCCAAGGCGGUGGAGGUUGUGCACGAGCUGGCGGCGCGGCUCGGGCUCGACGCCGAGCUCGCGGUUGCGGUGGCGCCGGCGUUUUCCAAGCUUGAGCCGACUGCCGUGCGGCGACUCAAGUGGCGGCGUGUGGCGGGGCUCAAGGAGUCUGCCACGCUCUCUGGACCGCCGCUCAACGUGACCGACGGGGCAUUGGUGCUUGUGCGCGACGCGCGGGUCGCGUUCGGUGACGGGGCCGGUCCGGCAGCAGGACCGGCGACGGGCUCGCGGCGGAAGCGCGGGGCGCGAGGGCGGACGUCUGGCGGCGCAAGCGGGCUCAUCACUGUGACUGUCGACCGGCCACGGCCCAAGGAGCGGCCGCUGCAGAUCUUUACCGAGGAGCGGAGCAGCAGCGGGGCAUGAAUACAGCAUGAGGCGAGCG